AUGAAGAUCCUGUUACAAGCGUGCCUGGUCAUGCUGCUUUCAAUCACAGCACUGUUUUCCGGACCGAUCGCAAGAUACUCAACCAAUACCAGCCAUCAGGUCGUCGUUCAACCGGUCUCGGGCUUUGUGGCUGAACGUGGCACGCGCGCCCUUCUCCAUGCCACAGUCGUGUGGAAUCAGACUCUGACUAGCCUUGAGCAAGCCGGAUUUCCUCUGGACCAGCUCCUGGACUACCUCCCUGAUUCGCAUGUCCACUGGGUCUAUGACCCCAAGCAGUGGAACUCGACUUGGUCGUUGCGCUGCAACAACACGGAGAAGACCCCAAUCAAGCUUGAAGACUCUGGAAACUGCGACACGAUCCUGGACGAACUCCCAGGGCUGCGCGACGUCAUCUCCCCGCUGAAGUACAGUCCAGAGAAUAUUAGUGCCUGGUGGGGAGGAGAGCAGAAUUACGACCAGAACCUCAAUACAGAUACGCUACUCACUCUUGGGGCCGCCAAAGUCACCAGAUCCGACGGUACCAGUGGUGUGCCUCAGGAGCUCGACAUUGACUUGGCUGCCAUUUAUCUGCACAAUCUUGGCAUACAAGAAGACUUUGACAGUUUCUGUCAGUUUGGUAAAGGGCCCGUCGAGUCAGCCAGUUACACGAAGAUUGCCUGUACCGCCACCCGCCAUGAUCCAGAUCCCGAGCUCACGGAUAUCGCCUUUCCAGACAGUCCUGAUCCACAGGUCGUCUCAAGAGCUGUAGUCCAGUUCUACCAGGCCCGGUUCUGCAGCGAGUCAAUCAGAACGGGGAAUAUUACUGCAAUCCCACCGAGGGACCUAACCCGGUUCCUUCAGAUGUGGAUUGCGACCAAGGAUACUCGGUAUGAAACCGUUGCUUCUCGCAACAUCAGUGUCCGGGUCCCCGUCGUGCAGGUUUCCGUGGCUUUCCUGGCGGUCGUCAUAUUCGUGUUUUUGCUCAUCACCGCCGCCCUGGUCAUUUACACGGUCACCUACAUGCGGAAUAGGAAAAUGUUCGAAGAGACGCCCUAUUCAAAAUUGGAUUGGAUGCUGAAGGUCAUCCAAGCCACCAGUGGUCGAGAUCGAGAUGCCAGCCUCCUCAGUGCGUCGGAUACGCAAGACAGCCUGAAGCCACUCAAGCGGUCGAGGACAUCCCGCAUCAUGUCUGUGGCGUCGUCGAUGCAGGAAAAGUUGCAAAGACGACGGUCGGAUUUUGAGACGGCGAGGUAUAGCAGCGCCGGGCCCUCACUCGAGGAACUAUCCACCGACGCCUUUACACGAGCUCCGCACGCCCCGGCCAUGUACCACCCAACACCUGCGGAGUGGCAGUUGCCGCCGUUGCGCUUCGAGUCGGCUCCCAAAAAGCCUGCCUCGUCCAUCUACACCAGCAUUUCGGAAGUUCAGUCCUGGCGGACAGAUGAUGAAGGUGAGGGAUUGGUUUACAAGUGUAAUUGA